AUGGUAGAAUCAAGCCCACCUCUCCUCCACAACUAUGCAGAACUUCUCCGACAAUCAGGUGUAAGUUUUGCAGUUCAGGGCAAUGAUCAUCAAAAUGAAGUCAUGGAGGAGUGUGAAUUGCCAUUAAUAGACCUCAGUAAUCUGAGAAGUGAUUAUGAAGAGGAGAGAAUGGCUUGUGCACAAGCUAUAUGUAGAGCUUCAUCAGAAUGGGGUUUCUUUCAAGUAGUGAACCAUGGAAUAAGCCUUGAAAUCCUCAGGAAGAUGAGGAGAGAGCAAGUGAAAUUGUUUAAAGGACCCUUUGAGAAGAAGGCAAAUUGUGGGCUCUUGAACAAUUCAUACAGAUGGGGAAAUCCAGCAGCUACUUGUCCAAAGCAGUUCUCAUGGUCUGAGGCUUUCCAUAUUCCCCUAACAAAGAUGUCAGAGGAAGCUUGUUUUGGAGAAUUCAAUUCUUUAAGGGAAGUGAUGGUGGAAUAUGCCGCUGCAAUGCAAGAACUGGCAAGAUUACUUGCUGGGGUUCUGGUAAUGAACUUGGGACACCAAAAGGGAUUCUUCGAAGAAAUUUGCGAUGAAAGCACUUGUUUUCUUCGGUUGAAUCGCUAUCCAUCCUGUCCAUUGUCUCCCGAGAUUUUCGGUUUAGUGCCCCACACUGACAGUGAUUUUCUCACUAUCCUUCACCAAGAUCAAGUUGGUGGGCUUCAACUCAUGAAAGACUCCGAAUGGGUAGCUGUCAAACCCAACCAAGACGCUCUAAUUGUCAACAUUGGAGAUCUUUUCCAGGCAUGGAGCAAUGAUGUAUACAAGAGUGUGGAGCACAAGGUUAUGCCUAAUUGGAAGGUGGAGAGAUACUCAAUAGCCUACUUCCUCUGCCCUUCUUAUGACUCUUUGAUUGGAAGUUGCAAAGAGCCUUCUAUUUAUAGGAAAUUUACAUUCGGAGAAUACAGACGCCAAAUCCAAGAAGACGUGAGAAUGAGAGGCCACAAAGUAGGUCUGCCAAGAUUUCUACUUAAUGUGCAACACUGACCUGGAACAUUUUCUCUCCUUAACAUCCAAACAACACCAA